UGCCCCUACCCAGCGCCAGGGCUCCCUGAGGGACAGCAGGUUUACUGCGGUGGGGCCGUGGGCCAGCCUGUGGGUGGACUGCUCUCCGAGUGAGCUGGCUCGGUGUGACGCUCUCUCCUCAGAUGGAGGCAGCCAUCCUGGGCCCCACCGUGCUGGGCCUCCUGCUGCUGCCCAUCCUGGCCGUGCUGCUGAUGGCGCUGUGUCUGCACUGCCGUGAGCUGCCAACCUCCUAUGACAGCGCUUCCUCAGAUAGCCUGUACCCGGGCAACAUGCUGAUCAAACGGCCUCACACGCUCGCCCCCUGGCCGCCCGUCACCUCCUACCCACCCUUGAGCCAGCCAGACCUGCUCCCCAUCCCGAGAUCUCCGCAGCCCCCUGGGGGCUCCCAUCAGGUGUCAUCUACCCAGCAGGACACCAACAGCGCCAACAGUGUGGUGAGCUACGAGAACGAGGGUGCGUCUGGGAUCCCGGAUGGCCUGGCUGGGGUGGAGAGGCUGGGGCCAGACCUGGCUCUGUUGACCCCCGUGUUCCCUCUAGAGCUGGCCUGUGAGGACGCAGACGAAGACGACGAUGAGGACGACUAUCACAAUGAGGGCUACCUGGAGGUGCUUCCCGACAGCACCCCAGCCCCCAGUGCCGCCGUCCCACCAGCUCCCGCGCCCAGCAACCCCGGCCUCCGAGACAGCGCUUUCUCCAUGGAAUUAGGUGAAGAUUAUGUGAACGUUCCCGAGAGUGAAGACAGUGCAGAGGCAUCUCUGGGUGGGAGCCGGGAGUACGUGAAUGUGCCCGAGGAGCUGCAGCCCACGGCUAGGACUAAAACUGCCACCUUGAGUUCCCAGGAGGUGGAGGAGGAGGAAGAGGAGGAGGAGGGAGCUCCAGAUUAUGAGAAUCUGCAAGAGCUUAACUGAGGGCCUGCAUGGGACCCUGUCUGCCUUGGAAGCAGCGUUGCCUGGGAGGGCCGAGCUGGGCGGCCGGAAGCGGCUCCAGAGGGCCCCGCCUGGCUCCACCUUGGCUCCAACCUAACAGCAGCCUGAGAAUUUUCCCCUUAACUUAUUGUCACUUUGGGGUCCAGUCCAUGUCCCUCCCCCCCAACACUCUGCACCUUUUGACACAGCCUGAGAAUGAACGACCCUGGCCCCAGCCCUGUUCUUUGUAAUGGAAUAAAGGCCGGUGUGGUCUGUA